GACUGAUGCUGACACUGCUUGCACACUCAUGAUUAGCAGAAAUACUAAAGUCCUAAAGCUGUUGAAAUCCACAUUUAAACGAGAUUCAAACUGCAGAUAUAAAUCUUCAUGCUGUCAAGAAAGAUGCAACAACCAAGUUCUGAUCAUUCUCCAGACCUGGUGAAAGAAACCUGCGUCAACAUGGAACUUCUAAACAAGGAAAGUGAGCUUCAUAAAGGAAAUGCUGCUUUGUUUGGAAGCAACAGUCCAGAAGACACCUUCAGUCCUUGUGAAACACAACCAGUAUCAGUUUAUAUGGACACCACCACACCGCCAGGUGACUGCACUCAAAGACGAGGGUAUACUGAGUCUUCACUUCUGAAGCUUCCAACAGAGGAGUGCACUGGGAGCCAUCACACAGCUUUCCAGUUUGACCGGCAUGCUCUGGCCAGAAUUUCCACUUCUCCAACCCUAAGGCGUUUAAGGAUGGCCUCUGCUUCACAGGCACUGACAUUUCAGGACUUCUCUGACACGGCUCAGCUGGGGAAUCAAACAGAAUACACAGGCUCUCUUCACCAUAUUUGUAAAACUCCACCCUGGUGCACUAAGUCUUCCUCACUGUCAUUGCCUUCUUGUGUCUACGUGAAAUUACUGUCUUCCAAAGCAAAGACAGAGACAACUUCAGCAGACCCAGAGUCUGCCAACCCUGAAUUCAAGUUACCAAGGCAAGAAGAUCCUCUCAGCAAUGGCACACCCAAGGAGAUGCUCCAAAAUUCUUGGCGAGCCAACUCUGCUACACUGCCCAGGAGGUUCCCACGCUUCAGCUGCGUGUCACAGGAGGGUAUCCAGGUAAGCACAGUGGGAUACAACAGGAUAUUUGCUGCUUUGGAAGAUUUUUUUUCUCAUUUCUCCCUUAAUACCUUAUGUCAUAGCCACUGUGAUUCAGUUUUUAGCUCGCUUCCUCCCAUAUCAGCAAGGAGCACUUCAGGAAUUCCUUCCACAGCUACACAAGGAGAGAUGACAUGCAUUAUUGUUGAGUUUCACAGAUCAGCCGAGCGCAGGCGUAGCUCUGUGGUGGUGAGCUUGCCAGGACUCGAGGUGUUCCCUGGCGACCUGCUGGUGUCAGACAGUGCCUUGGACUACCUUCCCCACACAGCCCUGCUGCUAAAUGGAGAAUCCAAAAAGCCAAGGUGGCCUUUUGCCAAAAGAGGAGUUGGUAAAGACAGACAGAAGCAAGCAUCUGAUCUGGAACACUGUCUUUCAACCAUGAAGGCCAUAGAUUGCGGCACAUACGAUUUUUGCUGUUUCAAGAGUAAAUCUUGGCAUGAAUUUAUAAAGGCUCAACAGACCGAGCAAAAAGAUGUCAACGGCCGACCGCAAGUGAAAAAGGAAGAAGCAGUGUGGGAACUUUUCACAAGUGAAUGCACUUACUUUCUGGAUCAUUUGCUGGUUCUCAAGAUGAUAUUUAUGAACACUCUAAAAUACCUCCAGAGUAACGAAUUUCUCUUGGAUGUGGACUUAUGGAGACUUUUUGCAAACUUGGAGGAGUUAAAUAAGAUAAGUCUCAUCUUCGUGAAAAAUUUUUUUGAAACCAUGAAAGAACAUGUCAGUGAGUCAGGAUCACCUAUGAAUUCCAUCUCCAUACUCAAAAAGUUUUUCCAGGGUGACCUCUGCCAGACACACCAGAUUUAUUGCCUCAAUUAUACCUCUGCUGUCUUCUACUUGGAAAAGCUGAGACAGAGGGAAGAUUUUGGCAUCUACCUGAAGUGGUGUGAGCAGAAGGAGCAGUGCAGGAGGCUGCACCUGCCGGAGCUGCUGGUGGCUCCUCUGCACCGCCUGACCCGCUAUCCCCUCCUCCUGAACAACAUCUGGAAGAGAAGCACAGACAAAACAGAGAAAGAUUCUAUCCAGUCACUUAAAGAGAAGGUGGAGAAGUCCAUAUGGGAUCUGGAAGGUAAAGUCAAGUGGUUGGACAACUUUCAGAAAUUCAGGCAGCUCCAUGAGGUCAUAAUUUGGCCUCAAGUCUGGGAUCGUGACAAGAGAUUCUUUGUCCCAGAGAGUUUGAAACAAAGCUUGAGAGAGAACAGCAGUGAAAACAUUUUGUCUUCGGCAAGCAGACGACUUCUUCACGACGGGAGGCUGACACUGGCAGAAAGCACAAGACUUCUUGAUGUCUACCUCUUUCUAUUCGAUGAUUUCCUACUAAUCACCAAAAUUAAACGUAACAAAAAGAAAUACGGGGGCUCAGAUACAGGCUUAACCCUUGUCUGUCCUUCCCUUGCUCCGGAGCUGCAGUCGGUUGUAAGAGAAGGUGGGUUUUGCCAAGUCCUGGACCAACCCAUCCCACUGGACAGAUUAAUACUGAAAAACGUCGACCCCAUCCAUGUAACAGUUUUCACCCUGCGAAAUGCUUUCCUAAUACAGCAUGAAAAUAGGUAUCGGCAGUGCAUAGCGGUCUUCCUGCUACAAGCACAAACAGAGUCUGCCAAGAAAACAUGGAUGUCACAGAUAGAAAGAGCAGUCUCCAAUUACAUGAAGCAACAUGAAACCAAGAGAAGCACGCUCCUCUGCUCCCCAGCUGAAUCCUCUGAAAUUUAAUAAUGCCAGCACAGCUCUGACAGAUGCAACAGAAGACUACUGUGGUAACAGCACCAUUAUUUCUUCCAGUGUGCAUUAACUUUCUGAAACUAACAGGCUUCUGACUCGACUAAAUAGAAGUGAUGAGUUUUGAUCGCAGGAUGUAGGAAUAAAUUGGAGGGGGAGAACGAGCCACACAGCAAAUACAUCACUCUCAGAUGCUUCUUUGCUUCAGCUUGGAGAAGGCUCUUCCCAGCAAGGCAAGUGUUAAUACAACCUGUUCCUUCCUAGAAAGCAGGACAAGGAAAACACCUGUGUCGGUGAGGAGAAUUCAUUCACCAGAAGUCCAGAGCUCAUACAAAACAUUGCACAUUGAGGUUGUGGGAGCAGAUCAGUAAAAGCAUAUAUUUAUUGCCUUAAUUCCCCAUUAAUUUUUGCGAGGAGGCUGCUUAGUGCCCUGUUUCUUUGAAAAGGUCAUUCUUACACCUCACAUCCAGGUGCACUACAGAACCCACAGAAUACAUAAAAAGAGAGAACAAAAGUGCAGUGAUGUUCUACAUAUAAUGGGAACCUUUUUUUUUUUUUACCUGAAACUUUUUCACGACGUUAUUAUUAGUAGAUCUGUCGUUAUGUAUUAUUUACUCUCAGCAAAAUUGAACUCCAAAGGCUGCACGAUUUCUUCUCUUUUCAGCUUCUCUUUAAAAAUUUGAACUUCUGCAUUCAACUAUUCAAUACAUCACCGCAGCUCUGUGAUCCACAAAGUACACACUUGCUAAUCGCUUUUUUCUUUUAGAUACAUGAAUAGAACCACAGAACAGUUUGCAUCUGCUUGCCACAACACAUUCACAGGCUACCACUGAGGGAGGAGGGUGCUCUCACCAGGCUACUCUUGGCUAAGUGCCUGAAAUUAGCCACAGACAAGAGAGGAAGGCAGACUCCCUAGAGCCACUCUAUACAAUCCUGCCACAUCUCCCACUUGCCAUGCCCAACCAGAUAAUCUCCCUAAGCAGGGAAGUUAACUCUUAAAGAACGCUUCUAGUGCCAAAAGUGAUUUCAGGGGGAACUAAGCAGGGAAACUCCACACAUGAGGACUAGAUUGAAAGAUUUAGGAGUGCCCUUCCAACUGUUUGCAUUACUCAUGGUUAAAUCAGCAUACCUCGUCUCUGCUCUGACAUCAAGUCAAAGUCAUGAGCUCAGGCACUGCCCCUAAUCCAGCUUCACCCAUGUGGUGGUCUGUUUUAUCCACCUGAACUUGUUCACAUCUAUACAACACAGAUUCCAGACCAGAGGCUGUACACAGACUUACCUGGUUCAUCGUUGUUCAGAUGUAGUACGUGUUCCUGCUCUUCCCUUUUAUGCUCAUGAUAGAAGUUUCUGCCACAGCUUAACGAGAAAAGAGCAGCUAUCCAGGCUUCACACCAAAUGGUGAACAUGGAGGACAGGAGAGCAGAACUAAGCAAACACAGCAGAUCUGCCCUAGGAUGCCAUGCGAGCUGCAAACAGCCACAGCUUGGCUUCAACAGCUGUGCUCAAUCCCCACUGAUCCCACGCUCAGCUGCACCCGGUCACACCCUCACAUCCUUGCUGCCUCCCCAGAACCUCACAGUAUCUUGCAACCAGUGAUAUUUCCAAAAAAAAUGUAAGCCCAGAGGAGUCACACCUGUCAGACAAAGACCCGUGUUUUCUGAGCUGUCAGAGGGGGAGUUUUUGCACCUCUGUGUAUUUUUUGCCAGAAGGCCAUUAAGGCCAUUAAGACAGGUCUUUUUAGUUUACCAGGCAACUAAACAGUGCUGGAGAUCAUUUCCUAGAGGUCAGCACACCUCCAAAGGAGGGCACUGUAGGGAAAGGCAGUACUCAUACCCUGACUGUGUUCAGGAAGGCAAACCUAACAGGCUCUUACGUGUUCUGAAGAGAAAGAUGCCCCAGAAAGCAAUCAAGGCAGAAAUGAACUUCCCAACUUGAAUCGCCUUUCAGAGAAGACAGCUCUCAAACUCUCUAUACUAUCUAAGCAGAAACCCGAGGAAGAUCUGCUUCAGUUUCUAAAUGUAGUAUAUGUGAAUGUUCCAUAACUCAGUUGUCACUUUAUCACGGGACUGAUUGCACAUACACUGAUCACCUGGGUUCUCCUUCUGUUCUUCUUGUGGUUUUUGCCCAACAGCUGAACACGUCCUUAAUCUGAAGACUUAGAACAAGCACCCCAGCUAAGUCUUUCAGUUAUAUCAAUUGUCAGAUUACACUGAAUGCAACGUCUGACUGACAAAAACCUUGUGCAAUUACUGGGAAAGGAAAAACUACUCUGAAUUGAGCUUGAUUACAGUCUCCUCAUGAGAGUUUUUGUUGCAGUCUCUCACAAGUCUAAGAAAUUGGAGCGUACAGCUCUCAAAUGUGUGGCUUCCCACCAGUUCACAAUGAUAUAUCCCCCUUUUCCAAGCAGUUUUCUGUCUAAAGUGAAUGAUGGAAAGGUCUAUUAGAAAGGUCUAAUUUUUUCUUUUAUUGUCGUUCAUCGAUCCUGUAACAGGUUAGAAAACAAAAAUUACAUUUCAAUAACAUUUCAUCAUAGUUUAUACAGAACUGGUUGGUUGAUGCAUGAUGUCAUUUUCUCAUCCAAAUCCACAGCCACCUUUCAAACCGCAGAGUUUAGGAAUUACAGUGCACGCUGGACUAAAUUCUUUCACAAUGUAAGGCACAACUACAUGAUCACAAGUAGUAAACACAAACACUGAAAUAGAACUUAAGAAUUAAACUUCAAUGAAAAAGAAACAAAACCCAAACACACUCAUGCAAAGUUGAUCUACACCUACCAAGAUGGUAUGAUCCAGUUUAAAAGAAGUGCAGUACUCUGUAAGUAAAACUGCAUCAUAAGGCUGUUAUAAUACAUUACUUCUAAAUACUGUGUAAGAACUUAAACCUUUUUCCAUUUAUAUUUUAUACAAUUAUACAGAAAAUAAGUUGAAUGUGCGAUAUUCACAUCCGCAAUAAUAAACUGAUCAUUAAAACUCAGGAAAGAGGCAAACAAGACAAUGCAGUUUGUGGCACGCAUCCGUUACAGAAACCAUUCAUCAAGUUCACAUCUCUAGUACUGAAGAAAACAAGUAAUUAAUGGUACAUGUGGUGAAUGAGGCUAUCCAUAGCCAAACAACAAUGCUGCACACAAAAUUGUUUUUACUCAGCAGACCGUGAUUAUGAAAGCUUGUGGUUAUGAUUUGCCUCCUGUCCAGCAGCCAGAGUUUGCAAGACUAAAACUACAGAAGUUAAAAGAAUACAACAGAGUAUACAGUCACUUGAAACUACUGGAUACUUCCAAACACAUAAAAAGAAAGACUUCAUCUUUUUUAUUAUUGUUGUUUUUUUGGUGAUAAACUUUUGCGAUUUUGGCAUUUACUGUAACUUUUACAUAAUGUGACAGUGAGCAAACCCUAUUAAACUUACCUAACGUUUGAAUCUUA